AUGAAAGAGCGAAAGCUAUCAUGGGCAAAGCUGCGCCGGGUAGACUCUUUGAAUAUAGAGGCUGGAAGAGUUUCAUCCUUUCAAAACCAUGCCUCCAAGCAGGUGAAUUGGCAGAGUACAUUAAGUUUAGCAUUUCAGAGCAUAGGGGUGAUAUAUGGGGACAUAGGGACUUCACCGCUUUAUGUAUACUCAAGCACUUUCCCCAAUAGUAUUAAUGAUCAAGAAGACGUUAUUGGGGUGUUGUCUCUCAUCAUCUACACCAUUGCGCUCAUACCCAUGAUAAAGUAUGUCUUUAUUGUAUUGUGGGCCAAUGACAAUGGUGAUGGUGGAACAUUUGCACUCUAUUCUUUGAUACGCCGUUAUGCAAGGGUGAGUUUAAUACCAAAUCAAGAGCCAGAGGACAGGGAGCUAUCUCACUAUAGACUUGAAUUGCCAUCCAACCAGUCGAGACGAGCUCAUAAGAUCAGGGAGAUGCUUGAGAAAAGCAAAAGUGCACAAACUGUACUUUUCCUUGUUACCAUCAUGGGAACUUCCAUGGUAAUUGGAGAUGGGAUUCUUACUCCAUGCAUUUCAGUUCUUUCUGCGGUGAGUGGGAUACACUCUCUAGGCACAGGUGCUGUUGUGGGGGUUUCAGUAGCAAUCUUGAUCCUACUCUUUUCUGUUCAACGAUUUGGCACUGAUAAAGUGGGCUUUUCGUUUGCUCCUAUCAUCUUUGUGUGGUUUUUGUUCAUCAGUGGCAUUGGUCUCUACAACUUAUUCAAAUAUGACCUUGGGGUAUUACGUGCUUUCAAUCCAGCAUAUAUCGUAAAGUACUUCAAAAGAAAUGGUAAACGAGGAUGGAUUUCCCUUGGUGGGGUUCUUCUAUGCGUAACAGGGACCGAGGCCAUGUUUGCUGAUUUGGGUCACUUCAACGUUCGAGCAGUCCAAAUCAGUUUCUCUUGCAUUACGUUACCUGCAGUAAUAGCUCAAUAUUGUGGACAAGCAGCGUACCUCAGGAAAUUCCCAGAGAAUGUGUCUAAUACGUUCUACGACUCCAUACCAGGACCAAUAUAUUGGCCAACAUUCGUUGUGGCUGUAGCUGCUGCCAUUAUUGCCAGUCAAGCUAUGAUAUCUGGGACAUUUGCAAUUCUCUCCCAAUCGCAAAGUUUAGGUUGCUUUCCUAGGGUUAAGGUCGUUCAUACCUCUUCAAAGUAUGGGGGUCAAGUUUACAUCCCUGAGGCCAACUACGCUCUCAUGAUUGCCUGUGUUGUAGUCACACUGGCCUUCAAGACUACUGAUAAGAUCGGCAAUGCAUACGGAAUUGCUGUGGUGACUGUAAUGUUAAUUACAACAGGUUUGCUUACAACAAUAAUGCUAGUUGUUUGGAAGACAAGCAUAUGGUGGAUUGCUCUUUUCCUUGUAGUGUUCGGUUCAAUAGAGGGAAUAUAUCUAUCAUCUGUCCUAUACAAGUUCAUACAAGGUGGCUUCCUUCCGCUAGUCUUUGCCUUUGUCCUAAUGACAAUUAUGGGGAUUUGGCAUUAUGUACACAAACAAAGAUACAUGUUCGAGCUCAAGAAUAAGGUUUCUAAUGAUUUCAUAAGAGAAUUGGCUACCAAACCAAAUAUUAACCGGGUACCAGGAAUAGCAUUCCUUUACUCUGAGCUUGUACAGGGCAUACCUCCAAUAUUUCCUCAUUUUGUCUCUAAUAUACCCUCCAUCCAUUCUGUUUUAGUGUUUGUCUCAAUAAAGUCCAUUCCAAUUAGCAAAGUUGCAAUGGAAGAGAGGUUUCUAUUUCGACAUGUUGAACCAAGAGACUAUCGAAUGUUCCGCUGUGUUGUGAGGUAUGGCUAUAAUGAUGUGAUUGAAGAAGCCAAGGAAUUUGAGCGACAAUUAGUGGAACAGUUGAAAGAAUUCAUCCAACUUGAGCACUUCAAGCUUCAAGGAGUGACCACUGAACAAAUGGCUGAGCCGCCUAAUCCAUCUCGUAUUUCAUCAAGUUCUAACUCCAUUCAAUCAAUCAACGCUGUUAACUCGACAAAUUCUUCUAAUCGAAUUAUCUCUGUUCCCAUCCAGGGAGUUGAAGAAGAGAUUGUGUUUGUACAGAAAGCGAUGGAGAAUGGUGUGGUUUAUCUUCUUGGAGAAGUAGACGUGGUAGCAGAACAUGAAUCCUCCUUGUUGAAGAAGAUAGUAGUUAACUAUGCCUAUAAUUUCUUGAGGAAAAAUUUUAGGCAAGGGGAGAAAGUACUGGAGAUUCCACAUGGUAGGCUUGUCAGGGUUGGAAUGACAUAUGAUAUAUGA